CCCUGACCGCAGAUCCAGACUGUAAAAGGUGGUGGUGAUGCUGCUGAUCCUCGGUAUUUAAAGCCCCAGAAAGCGGAAGCCUGGUCUGGGCCGAGUUAUCAGCUGACAGGACAGACAGGGAGGCGCUGUAGUUUGGCUAGCGCGGCUCUGGCUGAGCUGCUGCACCCUUGUUUCGUUGCUCCUUCGGACCUACAGUGAACAUGGAGUGAGGAGACAAAGCGAGGCUGAAGGGGCGCAGAUAAAAGCUGCCCUGAAAAGUCACUGAAGACCGAAGAAGAGCCAUUGUUCUCUGGUGGAAAGCUGCAGGCGUUCUCUCUCUUUGUCAUCCCUCGACGCCAUCGCUUCUGCCUGUACGGCCAGCGUCUGGACGUGGCGGACGAGGCGACCAUGACGACAGGCGGGUGCUGCCACCUGCCCGGCUCCCUGUGCGACUGUGCCGGCAUGGCGGGCAUGUGGAAGAUUGUCGAGGAGGCGGGCGGCGAAGGAUGCCAGGCCCUCUACGUCACUCAGGUCACGGCGCUAGACGGGCGGCUGCUGUCCUCCGUGCUCAAACCUAUGAGCGUACAAAGCGACGGUCCCAUCUGCCGCAUUUGCCACGAGGGGGGCAGCAGCGAGGGCCUCCUGUCCCCGUGUGACUGCACGGGCACGCUGGGCACGGUGCACAAGAGCUGCCUGGAGAAGUGGCUGUCGUCGUCAAACACCAGCUACUGCGAGCUCUGUCACACGGAGUUCAGCAUCGAGAGGCGACCCAAGCCGCUCACAGAGUGGCUGCAGGACCCCGGCCCCCGUAACGAAAAGCGGACGCUGUUCUGCGACAUGGUGUGCUUCCUCUUCAUCACGCCGCUGGCGGCCAUCUCCGGCUGGCUGUGCCUGAGGGGGGCUCAGGACCACCUUCGCAUGGGCAGCUGGCUGCAGGCCGUGGGCCUCAUCGCGCUCACCAUCGCCCUCUUCACCAUCUACGUCCUCUGGACCCUGGUCUCUUUCCGCUACCACUGUCAGCUCUACUCUGAGUGGAGAAGAACGAAUCAGAAAGUGCGCCUUCUCAUUCCCGAAGCCAAGGAGUCCAGCUCUUCCCAGCAUUCCUUGCUCUCUAACAAACUGAAGAAGUCUGCCAGUGAGAGUAUAGUAUGAGAGAAGAUGGAGGCAAGUGGGAAGCUUGCAUCACGUUUGUUGGCUGGACUUCGAAGAAGCACUUUUGGGCUUUUUAAAAAAAAAAAAAUUGUUUUACUUUUUAUCGCUUUCUUUCUUCUUUGCAUAUUUUUUCACUCUGUCAUACAAAUGCAGGAACGCAUUUAAAUCGAGUCCUUCUGUUUUACAUCGCUGGAUGUCUGAUAAAGUUUAUGCAAGAAAACAAAACAGAAAAGACGAAGGCAGCAUGUGAUGUUCAGAAGCACACGACUCAUCAUGAUGGACGCGAGGAUGAUGAGGGUCCUGCUAACCAUGAAUGGAUUGCUGUAAUCGUGGCCGGUAGUUUGACAACCUCUCUUACAAAAGUAUUCACUCCCUGAAGUGUUGCACAGCCCCGCCAGCUGUAACCAGCAGCCAUGAAAAGACCCAGUUUGUAACUAACGUCUUUAACAGUAUUUAAAGGAAACCUCAUUCAGAAUGAUUUCGCAGCGUGACGAAAACGGCAACUGCACCCUAAGCGGGUGUUUUGUGUUGCCGUGCAUUAACCUGCUCUGCUUCUCUUCGUUUGUAGCUCUCAUCUUACUGUGACUGGAGCAGGUUGGGGAAAAAAAACCUCCCGUCUGAUUUAUGCUUCACAACCCAGAUGUUGAUAAUGCAGUUUGAGUUUAAACGUGCAACUCAAAGUGUGUAACAUGAGAUUGUGCAAUAACAGCAAUGUGGAAAUUGAGGCUUAUACUGUAAACAAAGAUACUAACAUGCACAGUUAUGCAUGUUGACCUCACAAUUAGUGAUUUUUAGGGGCUUUUUUUUUUUUUUUUGUCGCCGUAUUUUUAAAUUCACUUUAGUCUGGAUUUCCUGUUUUCCAGCCGCAGCAGGCUUUGCCAGCAAGGUCUCCGUAUCGUCAGCACUUAACAUGACAGUGUUUAUUUAGAGGGACAGAAAAUAAAAUGGCUUUUAAAAGAACAUUUUUUUAUAUAAAUUUAAAUUUAGAGUAUUGCAGAAGCAUACUCUCUGUUUUGAGUUCAACGUUGCUGUUGGAAUCAGUUUUGGGAUGGUCAGACUCGUGGUUGGCGAUCUGGACGCCUACCUCGGUGCAGUAUUCUCUUAAUGUGAGCCUUCUGGAGCAGGAGUGUCAAACUCUGUUUCAUUUUGGGCCGUAUCAAAAAUCUGGAUGUUCUUAAAGGGCCGGUUGUGCCAGAGUGCAUUGAUAAAACCCAUUAAACCACAGGCGUCAAACUCCAGUCCUGGAGGGCCACGGCCCUGCAACUUUCAGAUGUGUCUCCGCUGCACCACACCUGAAUAGAAUAAUGAGAUCAUUAGCAAGGCUCUGGAGAACUGAUCUACACAAGGAGGAGGUAAUGAAGCCAUUUUUUUCCAGUGUUUUGUGGCUCAUCUAGAAACUGCAGGACAGCGGCUCUCCAGGCCUGGAGUUUGACACUCCUGCAUUAAACUGUUAAAAUAUUAACAUGUCUCUCCAGGAUCUUGUGAUUGGUUUUUGGGGGGAUUUUUAUUAUCAAAAUCACUAAUUUUCUGAUGCUAAUUUAGAAAUAUUUGUAAGGAAUUUUUGUGAUAUUUGAGUAUGAUAAAUAUCUUUUUUUCCCUUCUUGACAUCAAGUAAGGAUUGGGCAGCAGUCACUUAGACUUUU